CUUCCGGCAGUGAGUGAAAGCUGGGAUGGCGCUGCACCGUCAAAUGGAAUUCGCCCUCUGUCAUGUGUACUGAUCCGGUUUCUUCAAAGACACCCACAUCUACGUCCUUUUAGCUUGAGAAUAAUGUUUUUUUGUCAAUGGGUGUGAGUCGGCUUGAUGUUCUGUAUAGAAGGCUUCUCCUCACCAAACUCUUCAUUCAAGGAUGGGGAAAGCCAGAGGACCUGAAAAGAAUAUUUGCGUUCCGGAAGAUUAUUGGCAACAGGGAGAGAUACAAGGAUCUGGUACAGAGGGACUACCCAGUAUUUAUUGACAAGGUAGAAGAUCACACAGAUUGCAAAAUUCACAAUGGUCAUUUCAUAUCGCCGCUGGAGCACUUUGUCCCGGGCAUCUUGCCAGCUGAGUCCGUCAAAGCCCGUUUCCAGUUUAUUGUACCUAAGAAAUGGAAAAGGCACAGACCAGUCUGUAUUCACCUGGCUGGAACAGGAGACCAUUUUUUCUGGAGAAGACGAACACUAAUGGCCAGACCAAUGAUUAAAGAAUCAGGGAUGGCAUCUCUACUGUUGGAGAAUCCUUAUUACGGAUACAGGAAACCUAAAGACCAGCUUCGCUCCAGUCUGAAGAACGUCUCAGACCUGUUUGUGAUGGGUGGAGCGCUGAUCCUGGAGUCUUCUGCACUGUUACACUGGCUGGAGCGAGAGGGUUUCUGGCCUCUAGGCAUGACUGGCAUUUCUAUGGGCGGACAUAUGGCAUCAUUAGCUGUAACAAACUGGCCCAAACCAAUUCCACUCAUACCUUGUUUAUCCUGGACGACUGCUUCAAGUGUUUUUACCACAGGUGUUUUAAGUCGAGCUGUGAAUUGGAAAGAACUGGAAAAGCAGUAUUGCGCACACCCAGUAUAUGAGGAAGAAAUCAUCAAUAUGCUGGAGUAUUGUGGGACAGACUCUUUCCGGAUGGGCCAGGAAUUCGUAAAAAACGUCCCAGGCAGCUUUGACAGUCUCUCUGACCUGGAUCUUACCCGUGACCUUGUUGACCUCCACUCGCCAGAAAGGGACCACCAGAUGGGGCUGCGCUCCUCUUGUUCUCAGCCUGGGACUGGAGGUCACGCCUCAGACUCAGCUCUACUGAUGGGCCGAAGAGAGAGAGACGGGCUGGAUCAGAUGCUGUCCGCUGUGAGCAGCAGCGGGCCUCAUUUGGAUAUGCUGCAUGCUAAAAACAUCACCUGCGGGGCUGGUCAGUGGCAUUCGCUGCAGCGGGAGUCUCUCUGCUUCAUGAAGGGUGUUAUGGAUGAAUGCACACACAUCGCCAAUUUUUCAGGUACAGAUCUCUUUGAUUUGUUGACAUGGUUUGGAAUGGGUUCCUGUGUUUGA